AAAGUAAUCAUUGUUGGUCUGGAUAAUGCAGGAAAAACGACCAUUCUUUAUCAAUUCUCCAUGAAUGAAGUGGUGCACACCUCACCCACCAUAGGGAGUAACGUGGAAGAGAUCGUGGUUAACAACACACGCUUUCUGAUGUGGGAUAUCGGAGGGCAGGAGUCGCUUCGGUCUUCGUGGAACACCUACUAUACAAACACUGAGUUUGUGAUAGUUGUUGUGGACAGCACAGACAGAGAGAGAAUUUCUGUGACUAAAGAAGAACUGUAUAAAAUGUUAGCACAUGAGGACUUAAAAAAAGCAGGUUUGCUGAUCUUUGCUAAUAAGCAAGAUGUUAAAGAGUGUAUGACAGUAGCUGAAAUAUCUCAGUUUCUGAAACUGACUUCAAUUAAGGAUCACCAAUGGCACAUUCAGGCGUGCUGUGCUCUAACUGGAGAGGGACUGUGCCAAGGACUCGAAUGGAUGAUGUCAAGACUUAAGAUCAGAUGAUUUUUAAUGACCUCUUUGCACAGACAUUGCUUGAAAAGAGCUGUACCCAUGAUUACCUUCACAGUGGCAGAAUUAAUGGGUUAGACGUAUUUAUACUGAACUGAUUUCAACUUCAUUUUCUACAUAGAUGCACACACACGUUCGUGUAUAUAAAUUAAGACCAUUCAGCAAAAAGAAAGAUGCAGUUGAUGGCUCCACUUUGGUUUCCUGUUUGUUUUCCUCUGAGGAUGUGUUUAAAAGCUGUGAUCAACCUUCUUUUCAAGAUACAGCCACUCAGAACAGUCCAAUGUUGAGCGUGGUGAAGACGAAGUGAGAGGAAGGAGCCUUUAAUUUUGAGUUUUAUUAUUCCAUUGUAGUCCUCUCUAGCUGAAGAUGUUGGCUUCAUUGUUCCAGUAAACAAAUCAAUGGCAUAGAUAUCAACUUUCCAGUAUUUUUAAGGUUACCAAUGUUACAAAUGCAAAAAUAUUUUCCUGUAUGUGUACUGUACAUAUUUGUGCAUAUUUAUACCUCAAUUUUAGGUUAAUUGCAAUCUGUUCAGACCAGUGUGUAAAGCGGAAUCAGGAUGUUGACAGUAGUACUAAUAUUUGACACCGCCAACAUGUCACAACUUCUUUUCCUUUGUUAUCUGUAUGGCUGUAACGUCCAUCAGACAGUUGGCUCACCACAACUUCAUAAAGCAAACUCUCUCGUAAGACCAUUGCUCGUUUCCCACAUGAUUUUUCAGUUAGGGAGGAUGCCAUAAUGGAUGGGGGCGUAUGGGUUGAGCUUCAAAUUACAGUGUCGGCAAACAGUAAAAAUUUGCCAAAGAGCUUAAAAUGAAAUGGAUUUUCUUUCUUUAUUGUAGUCAUCGUUGGAUUAGGUGAUUCCAGAAGUGCAUGUCAUGCUGUCCUAUGGUACUGCUUUUCUUUUUUCGCAGUACUGUUCAUUUAUGAUUCAAGUCUAGUAGAAGUACCUUUAGCUGCCAUAAAGGGAAAAAUGUCACCUUUUUUUUUUUUUCUUAACCAAAGAAGAGGCACAAAAGUAUGUUUAAAAGUCCCACUGGAAUCUUACAAAACAAGUCAUACUCUGUAUUAAGUGUUUUUCAGAGGAAGGCACACUUCUCUUUGAUAGCGUAAAAUGUAUAUAUGUAUCUAUAUGCAGUGGAUGGAACUGGGAUGGGGAAGGGGAACAAACCAGAUUACACUACUUGAAAAGCUGUAAGUGACCCCUUGAUCAUCUUCCCACAGAAGUUCCAGGGCAGCAGUACUUGAAAAUAUAACUCCCUUGCAUGGUCCCCAGGUGAGUUAUAAAGAAGCAUCAGAACACUAUGUGAUUAUCUUUUCUCACUAUAGUACCUAACGGGACGGAUGUCCCAUACGGCAGUUGUUCAGUUGUUCCCUUUCAAAGGACACAGGCUUUUCGGUGGGAUGACAGCUGGAUGGCUUGAAAUGUUGUCAGUAUUGUGAAAGCGUACGUAGCCUUCAUCGUAGGCUUUUAUGUUGGAGACGUAUGUUUGGGGAGUAUAGCAAAAUGAAAUAAAACUUUGUUUAAAAUGUCCUUCCCUUUCUCAGCUCAUACCUCUGAUAAGGAUGGAAAAGGCAUUUUAAAGAAAAAGCUUAGUUUGAUCUUUUUAAGGUGCUUAUCUUUGGUAUGGCAUAAUCCAGUCAGCGCACCUGCCUUCCCAUUUGCCUGCUUCUCUGGGGAUCAUGUUGUGAAUUUGUGGGGAAAAGAAGGGAGGCAAUUUCAAAAGUCUGUAUUUAACAAAGGCAGGUAAAGAAUUUAACUUUUUAAUAUAUUUUUGGUAUCUCUUUAUGAUGCUCACCGGCUAAGGAAUCUGCUGUCUUUGUUAAACAUUUUAAUGUGUACAUGCAUAUAUUUAUAGUGCAUGCACAUAGAUAUUGGUAUUUAACUGGUGUAUUGCAAAAUGUAUAAAUGUUUGGAGAAAUAACAAUUUAAUGCAAAGACUUUCUCAGUUUAUCUGAUAGCAUCUUCAAGAAACGAGCUCUGUGCACACUUGCAUAUGAAAUGGAAUUGUACGUUUUCUAGUCUUAAAAAAGAAAAAGCAGACUUGCUUAUAAAC